GUGCACUGAGCAUGCGCGAGAAGACCCCGGGCCCGGCUGGUCGGGGACUCGGGGAGCGCGCGGUGCCCGCGCCGCCGGCGACCCGCUGCCUCGCUUGCGGCACUUCGGAGGCUCUGCCGCCCCUCCGGCCCACCCCGGUCCCAGCCCCCGAGCGGAGGCGCGCCAGCCCCUGUCCUGCCCUCACGUGCCGAGGCCGCUGCAGUGACCCCGCCCCCGGGCGGCGAUGUGACCGGCCGGGCGUCCCCGCAGCGGGCCGGGCGCCGGGAGUGGGCGGCUCGGCGGGGCCGGGCGAUGGCCCUGCGGCCGGCGCUGCUCGCCUCGGGGGGCCUGGAGCAGUGAGGGCUGCGAGCGAGGGACCGCGGCCCGCGCCAUGGAGGGGGUGCUGUACAAGUGGACCAACUAUCUGAGCGGUUGGCAGCCCCGGUGGUUCCUUCUCUGUGGGGGGAUAUUAUCCUAUUACGAUUCUCCUGAGGACGCCUGGAAAGGCUGCAAAGGGAGCAUCCAGAUGGCGGUCUGUGAGAUUCAAGUUCAUUCUGUAGAUAACACACGCAUGGACCUGAUUAUCCCCGGGGAACAGUAUUUCUACCUGAAAGCCAGAAGUGUGGCUGAGAGACAGCGCUGGCUGGUGGCCCUGGGGUCAGCCAAGGCUUGCCUGACCGACAGCAGGACCCAGAAGGAAAAAGAGUUUGCUGAAAACACUGAAAACUUGAAAACCAAAAUGUCAGAACUAAGACUCUACUGUGACCUCCUUGUUCAGCAAGUGGGAAAAACGAAAGAAGUGACCACAACUGGUGCGUCCAGUUCUGAGGAGGGAAUCGAUGUGGGAACUCUGCUGAAAUCAACGUGCAAUACUUUUCUGAAGACUUUGGAAGAAUGCAUGCAGAUUGCAAACGCAGCCUUCACCUCGGAGCUGCUCUGUCACACUCCCCCAGGGUCACCGCAGCUGGCCACGCUCAAGUCCAGCAAGAUGAAACAUCCUAUUGUACCGAUUCAUAAUUCAUUGGAAAGGCAAAUGGAGUUAAACAGUUGUGAAAAUGGAUCUUUAAAUAAGGAAAUAAAUGAUGAUGAAGAAAUCCCAAUGAAAAACAAGAGUUCCUUGUAUCUGAAAUCUGCAGAGAUCAAUUGCAGCAUGUCAAGUGAAGAAAAUAUAGACGAUAAUAUAACAGUCCAAGGUGAAAUAAUGAAGGAAGAUGGAGAGGAAAACUUGGAAAACCAUGACAACUUGGCCCAGCCCGUAUCAAACUCCUCAAGUAGCUCUCCGGAAUCCCACUGGGAAGAAGGCCAAGAAGUUAUCCCGACUUUCUUUAGUACCAUGAACACCAGCUUUAGUGACAUUGAACUUCUGGAAGACAGUGGCAUUCCCACAGAAGCGUUCUUGGAGUCAUGCUAUGCUGUGGUUCCAGUGUUGGACAAACUUGGCCCUACAGUGUUUGCUCCUGUUAAAAUGGAUCUUGUUGGAAAUAUUAAGAAAGUGAAUCAGAAGUAUAUCACCAACAAGGAAGAGUUUACCACCCUCCAGAAGAUAGUGCUGCACGAAGUGGAGGCAGAUGUAGCCCGGGUUAGGAACUCGGCUACCGAAGCCCUCCUGUGGCUGAAGAGAGGUCUCAAAUUCUUGAAAGGAUUUUUAACAGAAGUGAAAAAUGGAGAAAAGGAUAUCCAGACAGCCCUGAACAACGCGUACGGUAAGACGUUACGGCAGCACCACGGCUGGGUCGUUCGCGGGGUUUUCGCGCUGGCUUUGCGGGCAGCUCCGUCCUAUGAAGAUUUUGUAGCCGCGUUAACCAUAAAGGAGGGCGACCACCAGAAAGCCGCUUUCAGUGUCGGGAUGCAGAGGGACCUGAGCCUCUACCUCCCUGCCAUGGAAAGGCAGCUGGCCAUCCUGGACGCGCUGUACGACGCCCACGGGCUGGAGAGCGAUGAGGUGGUGUGACUCCUGCUGGACAGCGGCGCCCCCUGCAGGGAAGAGCUUGCUGCCGUGUUUGGAUGCCCCACUUAAUUUCCAGCAGCAGCUUCAACCCUCUCCAUCCCUUAUGCCGGCCAUGGAGAGAUGGAGGCAAAGCCUAGUGCUUUUAUAUAUCAUUUUUAAAUGCGUACAUGUUUUGUGUGUUUAAAAAUCAAGGUGCUAUAUAUUUCAGUUCAAAGGGCCUCCUGGAAACCAAAUCGUAGCUGUUUUAGAGACUUGAACAGCAAGUUAUAAGAGCAGAUUUGACAAGUUAAUUUCUUGGGUCUUGUUUUGUUUUGUUUUUAGCUUUAAGUUUUAAUGGGCCACCCAACCCAAGCUGAAAAUGAGCAAAUUCUAUAUCAAGGACUGUAACUCACGGGUAGUGUCUCAGCCAAUUUAGGAUUAGACUGAAGCUUUAGGGGGAGCUAGGCCCCCGGUGGAAGCUGUGAGGUGUAGGUUGGCUGUCCUAGACGUUCUUCAGAGGAUCUUCCCUCCGGGGCUCUGGGGGCGGGGGGCCUGUAGUCGAGUGUGCAGAGCGUGGGUGCGGCAUGCCAGCAGGAGGUGGAAGACACCCAGAGGAGUGCCAUCCCGUGAGGGGUGGGAAGAUGAUGGCUCUGCAGAGCUGAGUGUGCCCCACGCUGAGGGCAGGGGCGGGUCCUCCCUGACGACCCUGCCUAGUGCCCACCCUCGUUCCCAUGCUUCCCCAGACACUGUCUCCAUUGGACACCAUAGCAACACCGUGACACUCGGGGGUUGUUACCCAAUUUCAAAAGUAGGCUUCAGAGGUGGAGGAUUUUUCUGCUCACCAUGCACAGCCUCUAAACAGGAACCAGGUGAUGUCCAGGUGUGAUUGUGACCCUUCUGUGUCAAAGUCACAUGCAGUGCCGGGCAGAAAGCACAGCCCCAGGCUGACCCACCCGGCGAACCGGGUCCUGUGGCCGGUCAGGAACCGGCAUCUGAGUGCUUUUCUGGUGAUUCUGUGCACACAGCAUUGAGGAAUCCUGAGACUAAAUCUUAGUUUACAGAAUUUCCAGUCUUCCACAUGAGCUAAAUGAUGUGUCCUGUUUUUCAAAGAGGAGGAGGCUUUUGUGGAAAUAACAGUUAAAGCGAGAGAGAGACAUGUACCACAUUUACUCCGCAGUUUUUCUAACUCAGCCAGCAUCCGCCCGGCCAGUGUGUACCAGGCAGGAAUGGUGGCUCCCAGUGUGCUCGCUGAUCAGUCUUGGCUUAACCACCCAUCACACAAGCUAAAUGCAGCCGCUCGGCAGUCUCCAGAGCUCUGGGACUGUGGCAAGGUUUACCAGCGGGAUUUCAGUCUUUCUUAAGACAACCUUGUGUGGGCGUUGCCCUGGAAAGAGUGACCCUGGGACUCUGGCCCUGCUCUCAGGAGCCACACCGCCCAGUGCCUGGGGAGAAGCCACGGGCCUUCCCCCUAGAGGCGCUUCCUGGAGUAGCUGGAGGGCAUUUCCACCUUGAGGCGGCUCCCAGGGGAGAAGGUGAGCUCCUCUGAGCAGCGCAGGUGAAUGCUGCCUGGGCAGCCCCAGAUGACACUGUCCGAGGGCAAAGAACCCCUCCUUAGGGAGACUCAUGUGGGGAGGGGUGUUGAUUUUGUCUCCCGUCUGUCUCUGAACAGAUGGGCGUUUAUUUCGCUCAGUUAGUGAAGCAGGUACUCUGUUCAUAAGGACUUCUGGAAAAGGCUUCCACUUAGAAAAGCAACAUCAGAUGUUUCAAGGCUGGGGAGGAAAGUGGUGCUGCAAGGAUGCUGGUUCUUCUGUAGUUGAGCACUUCCUGUUGGUACUUAUCAAGGUGUGUGUGUGUGUGUGUGUGUGUGUGUGUGUGUGUGUGUGUGUUGCUCCCCCUCCCACGACUAACAGUGUGGAUCUCCCUGUGUGGCUGGUGUGACAGUGAUGGGGACGAGGGGUCCUGCCCUUGACAUCGCCUCCUAAAGGGAAGGAGACAGCAGCCAGCCUUUGCUUGCACCUUGAAUGAGGACACUGUAGGCCUUGUGCCCCUGCGAGAGGAUGAGGCCAGGAGCCUGUGAGUGUGGUGACGAUUCCGUUCCAGCCACCUGCGUGCUCCCUGUCGCCGCAGGCGAACUCGCGAGGUGAGGGAGUGGGCACACGACCAUUACCUCAGAUUUGCCCGCAAAGCUGUGAAUUCACACAAAGAAAGCUGCUCGGCACGGCCGUUUUCUGUUGAUGUAGGUACGUGGUGUACAUGCCUCGGUUUUCUGGGGAGGAAGGGUUUACUGUUAUCUGGGCUCACUGGGAAUCCAGUGGGAUAACUGGGGUAAGUUCCAUUUUCUGCUCACCCCUUUCCCAACUCCAUAGAAAGGGUGAUGUCUUUUGAGAGGUACUUUCCUCCCUGGAGCAUAUACCAUUUGCCUAAGAUGUGUGACGCUCUGAGAAUCCUUCAAUAAAAAGAACCAGGAAUUGAGCCCAGUGCCAGGUGAUAAGUUCAACCCGACCUGAAGCUUGGCACCUAUGGCACUUCCUCCUGGAUCCACUGUUCUGCAUCCCCCUUUUAGUCCAAGUCCUAAUUUGUGCUACUUCGCAGUUACUAUCUCAGGGGGGGACAAAGAAAAGGUAGUUAAGGCUUUUUCCCCCAUAAUCCUGCCAGAUUCCAGGACACCUAAGCUUUCUUCCACCUGCCGGCCAGACGAGAGGAGAGCAGAGCAGAGCAGAGCGCCGGUGUUUGUCACAGAGCAGUCACCUGGCUGUCCUGGCUCAAACACUGAGAUCCCUUUUCAAGAGGAACCUUAGAGAGACCCUGAAGGGAAAGGUAGUGUGUCUCCCAGACUGAGCCCUUCCAGGGUGUUCCGUACGCCAUCGUGUCCUGUCCGCACCUGUCCCACAGGUGGGAUCCAGGCUUGACACUCAGGAGGGGUCGGUCUCUCUCUCUCUUUUUUAAUAUAUUUUAUUGAUUUUUUUACAGAGAGGGAGAGGGAUAGAGAGUUAGAAACAUCGAUGAGAGAGAAACAUCGAUCAGCUGCCUCCUGCACACCCCCUACUGGGGAUGUGCCCGCAACCAAGGUACAUGCCCUUGACUGGAAUCGAACCUGGGACCCUUCAGUCCGCAGGCCGACGCUCUAUCCACUGAGCCAAACCAGUUAGGGCAGGGGUUGGUCUCUUAAUCUCACUGAACAAUGACAGCAACUGCUUUGUCCUUUGAAAGCACAUUUGACAUUUUAUAGCGAAUCCUGUGAAAAUUAUUAAGUUAGAGGGAUGCCCUUUGGGGGGCGACACUCACUCAUGAUUGACAGUGAGCUGGAGACAGUUUUCUCAUCAGCUCUUCAGGGAGUUCAGAAGUGGGGCUCCGGGUCCACUUGAAAAAGCUGUGCCCUGCCCAUUAGGAGCUGUAGGUCGUGGCUUGAGGCAGCUUGCCAUCGUUUAGGGCCAUUCUGAACACAAAGCUCCCCCAAUGCCUGUUCCAGGGUGAGGGACAGCUGAGCUCCGGGUUUAGCUGAGCUGCAGGUUCAGCCGGGCGGCCUCUCUCCUUUCUCACGCUCGCUCGCCCGCACUGCCCUCAUCUGCGCCCAUCCUGCGCCCAUCGGAGCAUCAGCUCCGCCCCUGUAGCUGCCCUGCCCCUUCCCCAGCAGCACCUUCUGGCACCCACCUCGCCCAGGCUUAGGUGCCUCAUCAGCAGGACUCCACGCCCUCCCAGGCUGCACAAGCUUCCUAAGAGCCCUCUUCCCAAGGUCACUGUGAAGCAGGUGACCCCCAGGAUGCGUGGUGUCCUGGAAAGGUGAUCUGGAAUUAGAGGAGUGCCGCUCGGAAAGUCCGCGGCCUUCUUCCAGUCACUAACCGUGUGUGCGUGUACAUCCAAAGAGUCAAUGCUUUCACCUUCAUGUUUUCAAAAAAGUGGUUUUAAUUUUUAAAAUAUGUGGUGGGGACCAAUAGAUAAAGUACCCGUUUCUGUAUUCAGUGUGGAAUCAGUGAAAGAGCUGGGUAACGGGCAUUUUACUAAAGAAACUUCACCCGACUGAAAAUCUCAGGCAUCGUGUAAGGCCCGAGCGGGCACCAGGGGUCCUGGGCAGUAGAUGAUGUGAGACAUCCAGGAAGCUUUCGAAUGAAAACUAUUUUUUUCCUACUAAACUACCAUGUCCUACAAGAAGUGGUUACGCAAUGGUGCAUUUCUGAAUCACUGAUUAAAAUCACUUGCUUCUGAUUGUAGUCAUGGGUUUUACAAUCCUCAGCUCCCCCACCUUCAUGUUUCAUUUCUUUCUAAGAUGAACUAUCACCUUUUUUAUACUUUUAGCUUUAGGAUUUAGAAGUAAAGCAUAUUUUAAGCCUUUGUUCUCCUAGCUGAGCGAAUGUGUUUGGUCCUGGGGACCUGGCGCCGUUGCCCUUUGAUCUGAUACAGUCUGUGCGCAGACGUCAGUGUGUGCAGCAAACCCGUGUCCUGUGAACUGUGUGCGGAAGACUUUACUUAGAAAUAUGUCCUGCUUCGGUGUCCCUUUGUGACCUGCAGUUGUUUACUCAGGGGUUUCACAGUAAUGACAUGAAUGUUCACUAGCUGUCUAAUGGUGGUGUAAGACUGCUUAUCUGUUACAAGGUUGUUCGGGUCCUUUCGAAGCUCCAUGUGCAUCCUGCUCUCUAUACCAUCCUGUACGCUCCCCCUGCAUCCAUGCCGCCAGAGCCACCUGCAUGGCUUCUCCGCACAGCUGCGUCAGGGCAUGACUGAGCACUAUUGACGGUACAGUUGACGCUUGCAUUAACCUUGCUCCUCUGCUGUUCUUACAUAGCCUUUCACUAAAAGGAAAACACGUACCAUGACUCUGUGAUGCAAACAUUCUUUGGUUACCCUCUGAAUCACUUCUCCUUCAGAGUGAACAAAUCUUUCCAGCUAAGCUAUGUGAGAACCCAAGAAAGGGGCUGCUUGUUUUAAGCACGUCCUUCCACUUACACACAUUUUAAAGUGUGGUAUUUCCUCCCUGUACUUCAUAAACAGAAACCAUCCCGGGAUGGUUGGUCUCCUUGCAAAGCUGUUCUCAUCCACACAGACUCCAGUAGAUGCUGGUGUCUUUAUAGGUGUCCAUGGAGUCGGUGAUGACAGGAAAGGUGAUCUAGAAGUAACUUCUGUUGGUUCCCAGAAGGCUAAUAAGCCAGUCGCAUGGCAUAUUUGAUGUGUGAGUCUCCUGUGUCAUAACAGUUCACUAGAAUGUCAGUAAACAGCCCAACUACCUCAUGUGAAAUUGGCUGUGGACAAUCUGUGUCAGAUGAGACAUGUGUUAAGGUCACUUUAAUCUGGUUAGUAGAUGAGACAAAACUGAUGUCUCUAUAAAGAAGAAACACGUUCAACCAGAUGCCAAAGGCUAUGAUGUACAUAGGUUUCCUUGGGUUAAUUUUUUUAAAUCAGUGUUUAAUUCCACCCCCAGUAUUCUUAUCUCGAAUGUUCUUGUUCUCAUAGAUUCAUGCACUUUGAAUAUCUGUCACACGCAGUCUUUGUUACCACUUCUUGUCCUUCAACGUUUUAAUUGAGCAUCAUAAUGACAGUAGGAAACAAGUGUCAAGUGGUUUGUGGAUUUCUUAAUUUGGAUGGACCUUUACUUAGAAUAUAAUAUGUUGGAGCCUUUUUAGGACCAACCAAUGAAUGAAGAUUUCAUGUUUAGUGUUUCAUGUAAAACUCUGUCCAAGUUCUUACUCUGUAUCUUGUUGGGGGUUGGGGGAGAAAAGCAGAACAAGGGAGGGUUUUACUUUUUUUGCAAAAAUGUUUGAAAACAUCUGUCAGAUUUUAUAUUCGUUAGUUAUAAUAAAGUUAUUUUUAAAGUA